UGGGUUUUUUCCACUCGGUCUGCGGGAGGUUAGCCAAGCUGUGCGAGGAGGAACAGUUUAGCAGGCCCGUAUAAAUGAAAAUCACUCGUCAGUCGGGGACCUCAUUUCAUUGCGGACUAACAGAGCGCUCCGUGCGCGACUGAGGGAGCACCCACGCCGCACCACCCUGCUACAGAAAGGCGGACAAGUGUACUGGAGCGAGUAAGCGGCGUUAUUCUCCGAGUCCUGUACAGCUGAAUGGCCCGGGGUGAAAAGAUGCAUUGCUUAAAAGAUUUUCACAAAGACAUCCUGAAGCCCUCCCCUGGGAAGAGCCCUGGGACAAGACCAGAGGACGAGGCAGAUGGCAAGGUCCAGCGGGAGAAAUGGGCCAGCAAGCUCGACUUCAUUCUAUCCGUCGCCGGGGGUUUCAUCGGGCUUGGCAAUGUCUGGAGGUUCCCGUAUCUCUGCUACAAGAAUGGUGGAGGUGCUUUUCUUAUCCCAUAUUUUAUCUUCCUGAUUGGUGGAGGUCUGCCUGUGUUCUUUCUGGAAGUUGCUGUUGGCCAGUACACAUCUCAAGGAGGAAUCACCUGCUGGGAGAAACUCUGCCCCAUUUUCUCUGGAAUUGGCUGUGCCUCCGUCGUCAUCGUGUCUCUGUUGAAUGUCUACUAUAUCGUGAUCCUGGCCUGGGGAAUCUACUACCUCUUCCAGACCUUCCAGAGCGAGCUGCCCUGGGCCAGGUGUGGCCAUACCUGGAACACUGAUCACUGCAUUGAGGACCGCCUGCGAAAGAACCUCUCUCUCUGUGCCGGCUGCAACGCCACCAACUACACCAACUACACCUCCCCCGUGACAGAAUUCUGGGAGCGGAAUGUCCUCGAUCUGUCGACGGGCAUCGAGAAGAUGGGCGAGCUGCGGUGGGAGUUGGCCCUCUGCCUGCUUGCCGCUUGGGUCAUCUGUUUCUUCUGCAUCUGGAAGGGCGUCCGAUCCACCGGGAAGGUUGUGUACUUCACUGCCACAUUCCCCUUCCUGAUGCUGUUGGUGUUGUUAAUCCGUGGAGUCACCCUGCCAGGAGCAACUCAGGGAAUCAAGUUUUAUCUGUAUCCUGACAUGACACGCCUGGGUGACCCACAGGUCUGGAUUGAUGCAGGAACUCAGAUUUUCUUCUCCUAUGCAAUCUGCUUGGGUGCGAUGACGUCCCUGGGGAGUUACAACAAAUACAAGUACAACUGCUACCGGGACUGUUUGCUUCUGGGAUGCCUGAACAGUGGGACGAGCUUCGUCUCAGGCUUCGCCAUCUUCUCCAUCCUUGGCUUCAUGGCGCAAGAGCAAGGAGUAAACAUCGCCGACGUGGCGGAGUCAGGUCCCGGUCUGGCAUUCAUCGCUUACCCUAAAGCUGUGAGCUUGAUGCCUUGGCCAACAUUCUGGGCCGUCUUGUUUUUCGUAAUGAUCCUUCUUCUUGGCUUGGACAGUCAGUUCGUGGAGGUAGAAGGUCAGAUCACUUCGCUGGUGGACCUGUACCCAUCCUUCCUAAGGAAGGGUUACCGAAGGGAAAUCUUCAUCGCUAUAACCUGCACGCUCAGCUACUUGAUGGGCCUGGCUAUGGUCACCCAGGGCGGUCUGUACGUGUUCCAGCUGUUCGAUUACUAUGCAGCCAGUGGCAUGUGCCUCCUCUGGGUCGCAUUCUUUGAAUGCAUUGCAAUAGCCUGGGUGUAUGGAGCCGACAACUUCUAUGACGCAGUGGAGGACAUGAUUGGGUACCGACCAGGGCGGUGGAUGAAGUGGAGCUGGGCAGUGAUCACUCCGUUCCUCUGCAUGGCUUGCUUUGUGUUCUCUCUGGCCAAGUACACACCCCUGACCUACAACAAGUCGUACAAGUACCCGGACUGGGCAGAGGGAGUCGGCUGGCUGCUUGCCCUCUCCUCCAUGGUCUGCAUCCCGCUGGUGGUGGUGGUGAAGAUCAUUCAUUCAGAUGGGCCGAUCAUUGAGCGGAUCAAACUGCUCACAGCACCCAAAGGAGAAGGCCGGAAGCCCAAAGAUGUGGCUCUGGAUGCUGAAGCUGUGGUCCCACUCAGUCCCAAUGGGAUUGUGGAAAGCGAUGGAGGGAAACCACCGCAAAUAAUUAUAGAAACUGCGAUGUAAGCUCUCUGUGAGAGACUCAAUUUCUGCUUUUUUUGACGAACUCUAGUCUUUUUAGGACCAGUUCCCUCUCCACCACCCCACCACCGUCCAGCAUAGUCCCCCCCCACGUCUCACCUCGUCCAUUCACAGCAGCUGGUCCAAGCCCACUGGCGUUCCGGCAACGAUGAAACCGACCUACCAACCCAUCGAAAUUGCCCGAGUGGUCAACCUGCUCCCCAAUCCAACGCCCGUUUCCCCGCUCCCAAAGGAGGAGGUGUCUGGCGGGUAGGCAAUUUGUUGUGCCCCCCCCCCACCUCCCCUUCCCUUGUCACCGCCCUCGAAUCUCGCUUUGCAGGUUCUCGUGGGUGGGUGGGAUUACCCUGUCAAACUGCUGGGGAGAGUCGUUGCAGAGAACCGGCCAAUUCCAGUCUCUGCCGCCAACACUCCCUGCCCCUCUCUCUGUCAAUACCAUCAGCCCUUAAAUAUUACUGGGGCAAUAUGAGUUUCAGUUCAAAACACUGAACUCUGUCGGGAGUCUACUCUCCCCCUGUUUUAUCUCCCCUUCCCCCUCUGACGCCCUGCCCCCUCCUCUCCCAAAAAUCAGGGGGAGUGCCCAAAUCCCACACAACACUGGACCAAUCCCCCGUAAAUGGCAGGAUCCCAUGGCCAGGAGAUGGUGUGGCUGGAGGCUGCUUUGUCAAUGACAUACAGCUGGUAGAUUUACAAAAAGCUUAAAAAAAAAUAUGUUGCACAGUGUUUUAAGACUUUUUUGUGUGUAUGAGUGUGUGUGAGUGUGCGUGUGUGUGUGUGUGUGUGUGCGAGCCUGUAUGUAAGAAUAAUUAAUUAAAUUUACAUUGUACCUGUGGCUUUUUGUAACAAAGAUCAUUGUGCACAUGAUCCCAGCAUCAAUAUUGUAGAGAGUUUGAGGAAGAUUUUAAAAUCCUUGUUGUUUUUUUUGUAUGGAGCGUAUUUUUCAAUCCACGACAACUUUGUGUUAAUCUGUUGUAGGUUUACUGUAUAUUUUACUGAGAAGCAUUGAAUAUAUUGCAGCUUAACAGUGCUACUGGUCUGUCACUGGAUCUUUUUGGCAUGGACUAGAUGGGCAGAAAGGCCUGUUUCUGUAGUGUAGUGUUCUAUGACUGAGUACUUCUGGAGUAUUUAAAGACAGUCAGUCUCUCUCUCUCUUUCUCCCCCCCUCCCUCCCUCCCUCUCUCCCCUCUCUCUUUGCCUCUCCCAUCCUCUCCCUCCCUCUCCCUUCCCCUCAUCCUUCUCCCACCCUCCAUCACUCUCUCCGUCUCUCACCCCAACUGAACUGGCCCCCAUGUCACCUUCUUGGGUUAGCGACGGUGGGUAGGGGAGGGGAGGGAGAGUUAACACGAUGCUGGACUGUACUAUCUCUACCCCAGACCUGGAGAGUGAACCUGAGGCCAUUCCGAACCCUCUUUCCACACACACAGACCCCACAUGGAUGUAGGGUUAAUGUUGAGGGAGGGGCGAGAGAUAUUGCCCCAACCUGCAGCCGCGGUGAGGGAGGGGGUUCCUCUCUACAGCGCAGCCCUGCCGUGGACAGUGGGUGCUGUAUUUCCUGAUUGCACCCCGCCCCUCCUCGUCCCACCUGAGGACAACUCACUGCACCCCCCCCCCCCCACCACCAGGACAUCCCUGCAGAGAACCCUGCUGGAUCUCUAGGAGGGAAAUGUGAUGCUUUGGUCAGCCCGGGGCUCACUGGAAAUCACUGCCCCCUGUUCAGGUGAGUGGGGAGUAGGGAGGUGAGAUUUGAACACCUUCACCAGUGAUCUAUGGUCCACUCUGGCCCGCCCAGAUCUGAACGGCUGUGGGCACGUUCUGUGAUUCCAGGGUGCCGCGCCACGCCGCGUAACACACUUCCUCAGAGGUCCCUCGCUCCCAACACCCGUACUGCUCUGGUCCCAGUUGGAGAAGAGCUCGAUUUCCCCUGUCCCUCAUGCAGCUCAAGUCCCAGAUGGAGAGAGGUAUCGGCCCCCAAUACCCAUGGAGUUCCUGGUCUCACGUGGGGAGGGAACGUUUCUCCUAACAACCCCCCACUUGGAGUUAGCACCAUUGUCCAGGGUGAGUCUGGUACCAUUGCCAGGGCUGUGCAUAGUUAGGGUUACAAGAGGGCCAGUCCAGACAAACCCGGGGGGAGAGGGGCACAUGCACACUCAAUCACACACACACACACACGUGAGCACACAGGCUCACUUGCACACUCAACCACACAUGCACACGCACACACACGUAAGCACACGGGCAAACAUGCACACUCAAUCACUCACACACACACACGUGAGCACAUAGGCACACGUGCACACUCAACACAGACACACGUGAGCGUGCAGGCUCACGUGCACACUCAAUCACACACACUAGCAAUGCACACUGUAGGCCGCUGGCAGGGUCAGUUUCACUGAGAGGAGGCAGAUAGUUGAGUGUGUGCCACUGAGAACUCCCUUGGCAGAAGGAAGGCAGUGCUGGAAGCAGCUCACACUACACUGAUCUCUUACAGUGUUGGCAAGAAUUUGUUGCUCUGAUUCUAUUGAGUGAUUAAAUACAAGCUUUGUGUAUUUAAAAAACCUGCGUUUGUUGACGCUCUCUGAUGUAGUGAUCACUCUGAUCCACAAACUCCCCACCCCAGCCCCUCUUGAUGCCCUCUGUAAAUACAGGUGCCCCUGACUUACAUAGCAUUUUAACUCCUUUUUUUAAUGUGUCAAGACGACAGAUUUGCAAUCUUAGAUACCAAACACUUUUCCUAGUGAAUAAGCUUUGAAAAACAAUGUGCAUUUUUGUUUUAUAUACGGAAAUGUUGCGUUCUCCGAAUUCGACAAGUUCGCUGGUAAUUCUGUCGACUCGUGUCGAAUUGUUUCAAUUUCAUGGCAGGAACCCCGGCCACUUGGUAAAGAGUUGGGUGGGGGGGAGGUGGUUUAAGGGAUAUGGCUACCAUUCCAUCCCCACUCUCAAGACAACCUGCAGGUGGGAAGCAGAAUUUGCCUCGUCAGCCUGAGGCUCCCCCUCCUUCCACCCCAUUCCCUGUCUCCCCAGCCCCCCUCUCUCUACUAUACCCCUUUACCCUCUUUAUCUUUCCCUUUCUGCCCCUCACCC